AUGAUGGCAGGGGAAGGAGCAUCGAGAACCCCAUUCCUCUCUCGCAGAAACCCUUCGACUAUCACUACUCGCGUUCUCCUCAUCAUCGCUUCCAUGUCCCUGCUCGCAGCCUUCAUCCUCGCCCUCUACUACUCCUCAGCCCUAACCUCCUCCUCGCCGCUCCCUCACCCCGUCAUCAUCCUCAUUUCCUCCGACGGCUUCCGUUUCGGCUACCAGUUCAAGACCCCCACUCCCAACAUCCACCGUUUGAUCCUCAACGGCACGGAGGCUGAAACCGGCCUCAUCCCUGUCUUCCCCACCCUCACAUUCCCCAACCACUACUCCAUUGUCACCGGCCUCUACCCUCCCCACCACGGCAUCAUCAACAACGUCUUCUACGACCCCUUCACCGGCGAUAAGUUCUCCAUGUCCAACCACGAUCCCAAGUGGUGGGGAGGCCAGCCCCUCUGGGAGACCGUCCUCCUCAACGGCCUCUCCGCCGCCACCUACUUCUGGCCAGGCUCCGAGGUCCACAAAGGCCCCUGGACUUGCCCCAAGGCCUUCUGUCAACCCUACAACGGCUCUGUCCCCUUUGAGGACAGAGUAGACACCGUUUUGAACUAUUUCGAUCUACCCUCUCACCAAAUUCCAUCUUUUAUUACUCUCUAUUUUGAGGAGCCUGAUCAUCAGGGUCACCAGGUUGGACCUGAUGGUUCCGAGAUCACUGAUGCUGUGGCCAGAAUUGACGCCAUGGUAGGGAGGCUCAUCCAGGGUUUGGAAAAGAGAGGGCUUUACGAGGAUGUUCAUCUUAUCUUGGUUGGUGACCAUGGCAUGGUUGGCACGUGUGACACAAAGCUUGUCUUUUUGGAUGAUUUGGCACCUUGGGUUCAUAUUCCUCGAGAUUGGGUCCAUUAUUUCACUCCAUUACUCGCUAUUCGCCCCCCUCCUUCUGUUGAUCCAGCGUAUGUUGUUGCUAAGAUGAAUGAAGGGUUGAGCUCGGGGAAGGUGGAGAAUGGGGGCAGGUUGAAGGUUUAUUUGAAGGAGGAUUUGCCUGAGAGGCUUCAUUAUUCGGACAGCGAUCGGAUUACGCCCGUUAUUGGUUUGGCUGAUGAGGGUUUCAAGGUCGAGCAGAAUCGAACGGGUAAGAAGGAAUGUGGCGGUGCUCAUGGUUAUGACAAUGCGUUUUUCUCCAUGAGGACUAUUUUUAUUGGACAUGGUCCAAGAUUUGCCAGAGGGAAGAAGAUACCCUCCUUUGAGAAUGUUCAGAUUUAUAAUCUGAUUACUUCCAUUCUUGACAUUAAGGGUGCGCCUAAUGAUGGUUCUGCAUCGUUUCCGGAUUCUGUUCUUCUGCCUAGUGCCUCACGAACUUAG